CUGGCAGGCGGUGUAUGGUUGGUUGGUUUGUGGUUGUGUUGGAAGUCUCGCUCGCUUAUCAAUAUCACACACAACGAACGCUUUAAUGCUAAGAGAUGGGAAUCUUGCAGUCAUGGUUCCACGACGAACUGCUGUAGCGCUGCUCGCCCUGUGUGGAUUAAUAGCGGUCGGCGAUGCUCUUAAGUGUAAUUGCACUGCCUGUGAGAGCAGUGGUUAUGUGUGCGAGACUGAUGGGGCCUGCAUGGCCUCUACGUCCUACAUCAAAGGUCAGGAGGAGCAGCAAGUUCGGAUCUGCAUCCCCCAUGUCAGCCUGGUACCACCCGGACAGCCCAUCUACUGCUUGAGCGCCAAAGGCCUGCUCAACACGCACUGCUGUUAUACGGACUUCUGCAACAGUAUCAACCUCCAGAUUCCCAGCGGUAGGAGUACAGGCCAAAUACACUACCGUUCAAAAGUUUCGGGGAUUCCUGAAGGUAAAGGGGACAGUUGGGGUCCUGUAGAGCUGGUGGCAGUGAUAGCAGGCCCGGUCUUCCUCUUUUGCUUGCUGCUUAUCGUGGGAGUGCUCGUUUUCCAGCACCACCAGCGCAACUAUAACCAUCGGCAGCGACUCGACGUUGAGGAUCCGUCCUGUGAUCAUCUGUACUUGGCCAAAGACAAGACCUUACAGGAUCUCAUCUUCGAUCUGUCCACCUCCGGUUCAGGAUCUGGCCUGCCCUUGUUUGUUCAGCGAACGGUGGCCAGGACAAUUGUACUGCAGGAGAUCAUAGGUAAAGGUCGCUUUGGGGAGGUAUGGAGGGGGAGAUGGAGAGGAGGGGAUGUGGCUGUGAAGAUCUUCUCAUCCAGAGAGGAACGCUCCUGGUUCCGUGAGGCUGAGAUUUACCAGACCAUCAUGCUCCGUCAUGAGAACAUCUUGGGCUUCAUUGCUGCUGAUAAUAAAGACAAUGGCACAUGGACACAGCUGUGGCUGGUGUCAGACUAUCAUGAACAUGGCUCAUUAUUUGACUAUCUCAACCACUACUCCGUCACAAUCGAGGGGAUGAUUAAGUUAGCACUGUCAGCGGCCAGCGGCCUGGCACAUCUGCACAUGGAGAUCCUGGGAACACAGGGGAAACCAGGCAUUGCACAUCGUGACCUCAAAUCUAAAAACAUCCUGGUGAAAAAGAAUGGUACUUGUGCCAUAGCAGAUCUGGGGCUCGCUGUACGGCACGAGUCCAUCACUGAUACUAUAGACAUCGCACCUAAUCAGAGGGUCGGCACCAAAAGAUAUAUGGCCCCAGAGGUACUAGAUGAAACGAUCAACAUGAAGCAUUUUGAUUCUUUCAAGUGUGCUGAUAUCUACGCUUUGGGACUGGUAUACUGGGAGAUUGCACGACGGUGUAAUGCUGGAGGCAUCCAUGAAGAUUACCAGCUUCCCUACUAUGAUCUGGUGCCCUCCGACCCCUCCAUAGAAGAGAUGAGGAAGGUGGUGUGUGAUCAGAGACUACGGCCCAAUGUGCCCAACUGGUGGCAGAGCUAUGAGGCGCUGAGAGUGAUGGGGAAGAUCAUGCGGGAAUGUUGGUAUGCCAACGGGGCGGCACGGCUUACGGCUCUGCGGAUUAAGAAGACUCUCUCGCAACUCAGCGUCCAAGAAGACGUUAAGAUCUGAAACGCGCGGGAUGCUGCAGAUCCCUGUAGAGACGCACAAGCGAAAUAAAGACUUAAGCCAAAAGCAGCCUGCCAGUUUUAGCCCUUUUUUGAACCUUCUAAAGUUGUGACGAGGCCUACCUCACCAUUUUAGACGAAACUACUGAGGUUGAGUCCAUCCCAGCCCUUUUCCAUUUCUCCUAGAUCAAAGUUCCCAAUCGUGGAUGAGCCUCCAACCGCUGAUAUCAGCACAACUUCCCUCCAUGGACCUAUUGUUGUUGAGUUCUUUGUUUUUUGUUUGUUUUUUUGCAGGAAUGACAAUUGAACUGACAGGCAUUUUGAUUUUAUCGUUGUUUUUAUUUCACCACUUUCGUCCAAAAUGGACUUUGCCGUGUGGCUUUUUAAAAGAAUGUUUAGAUUUCAUUUUUGUGCAUCUUCAUUCACUAAUACACCUGUCGUAUUCCAGCGUCAAUCUACGAUUAUAUAUAACGUAGUGCUCUACUGCUGUUGUGAGAAUGUGAAAAAAAAUGUGGAUAACACUGUCUCCUAGCAAUUCAUGUACAAAGCUAAGUGUAGCAAAGCGAAGAAGUGCAGAUUAUUUACUCCAGUAAAAAUCAGCCUGCUAAUUUAUUUUUCUUCAGGAUGCGUUUGUUAAAAACUCACUCCAUCAAUGUGGUUUCAGAUUCGAAUGCUUUUAAAUGUUCACAGGGAUUGUGUGUGUGUGUGCACAUGUUUUAUUUAAUUGCUUUCAGGUUCUUAAAAUCCGUGUUGUGAUUGCUGAAUGCAUUGUGGGGAUGAUUGCUCAAGUUUAGUCCUAUUAUCCGAUGGCAUCCUGAGAAAGUAAGAACGUUUUUUUUUGUCAUAACAAAAGUCACUACCACUUGUAUGCUUUUUUUUAAAAAUCAACUCAUUUUAAGGGGAACAUUUAGUAUGUUCUAUUCACAUUAUUCUGGGAUGUCGGCAUGUUAAACUGCACUGUUGUUAUUUGUUUGCAGCCAGAGUCCUUUUAGGGAUGUAGUAGUUAGUACCACUUCAGAAAACACACAUGUACUGAAGUACUGAAGUAAAAUAAUGCAUCUCUCUAUUUGCCUGCAUUACAGCAUUUAUAUUGCUCUGCUUUGCCUUGCAUUGAAGAGUUGUCAUUCAGUUUAAUUUAAAAGUACUACUGAACAUUUCUUCCUCAUCUUUACAUAUAGGGUUUGCCAAGACUAACCACCAAAUGCUGGGCACGGCGACAUGAUCCCUAGAAUGCUAGCUGCACUAUUCCCUCCAUCCUUUAUUAACUUUACUUGCACCAAUGUCUUGAUCACAGUCAGAAAUCUGCAGAUGUUCUGAACGGUUAACUGGAAUCUGGGAUAUGUGUAACAGUAGGUGCGAAACAUGACUAGAUUAUGGCAUUAAUGCCAAAUGCUUGUUGAAGGGCUGGAGGAGAACAAGGGUCCUGUAUUAUGUGUAACAAAUCAAUUGCAGACUCUAUUACAGUCCAUUUCUGAUUGACCUGUGCAUUUUAUACUGUCGAGGUCAUAUCUUAUGAAUCUGCUCUGCGUAGCUGGAAUAUGUCUGAUGACCGCAGCAUGAUUCAGUCGAGUUGUGACGUUAAGAAUGGCUUAAAUAACUAAAUAUGACUGAAUUGUUAUAUCAUGGUGCUCUACAUCAUACACUGGGAAUUAUGUGCUUAGAAAUGUAUAGGCUAAUUGUUCCACUAUUUAUAUUGUGCUUGCUUUUUUCCCUUACAACUCGGAUUUUGCAGAUGUUUGUAAAACAUGUACUUUAACUUUUGCUGAAGACUUAAGGAAUGACACUUGAUUCAGACGGUAGUUAUGCUUUCAAUCCAAUGCAUACGAGUUUUUGAUCCUAAGGUUCCAUGUGUAUUUUAAACACAUUGAAAACAAAUCCACUUGUGGGUCUGUUAAUAUAAUGUACAUAAAUGGUAUACAGUAAUAAAUGCUUUUUCUUA